AUGAGCUCAGGAGAAGCGGGGAAGGCUGUGGCGGGUGAAGCAGAGGCUCAGUUGAAUCAAUCAUUACAGGGCUUGGUGACCUUUGAGGAUGUGGCUGUGUAUUUCUCCCGGGAGGAGUGGGGGCUCCUUAAUCUGACCCAGAGGAGCCUGUACCGUGAUGUGAUGCUAGAGAACUUUGCACUUAUUGGCUCGCUGGGAUUUGCACCUUCAAGGUCCCAUGUGGUUGCCCAACUGGAGAGUGAAGAAGAGCUCUGGGUGCCCAGCAUGGUGGACUUGACACUGGGCAGCAGAGCAGAGGCCAGGAGGGGUCCUGGUCCUGGUUGUCCAUGUAGACUGGAGGAUGAGGAAGCCUCUCCAGAGCAGAUCAAGAGCUACAAAGUCUACCUAUCAGAGAAGCCCCUUCUGUGUGGGGAGUCUGGAAAGGAUGUCCCUACCACCUUAGGCCUCCUCCAGCACCAGGCCACCCACAGCAAGGAGAAGCUACACAAGAGCAUCAAGCCUGGGGAGGCCUUCCAACCCAGCUCCAAUUGCCAGCAGCAGCAGGGCCUCCACACCACACAGAAGGCCUUCAAGUGCAGUGACUGUGGGAGAGCCUUCCUGAAGGCUUUUGCACUCCUCGACCAUCUGAUAACUCACCCCAAAGAGAGACCCUUUAGAUGCCUGAAAGGUGGAAAUGCCCCCAAGGACAAAUCCACCCAUGUUAAUUACCAGAAAAUUCACACUGGAGAAACAUCCCAUGUGUGUAAUGAGUGUGGAAAGGUCUUCAGUUAUCCAUCUAAACUGAGGAAGCACCAGAAGGUUCACACGGGCAUAAAACCUUUCAAGUGUGAUGAGUGUGGCAAAACCUUCAACCGUAAAGAUGCACUCGUUCUGCACCAGAGAAUUCACACUGGAGAAAGGCCUUAUGAGUGCAGUGAAUGUGGGAAAGCCUUCAGCGUUCUGUCUACUCUCAUUCGGCACCGGAAAGUUCACAUUGGAGAAAGGCCCUAUGAGUGCAGGCAAUGUGGGAAGUUCUUUAAAUACAACCAUAGCUUCAUUCUUCACCAGAGAGUUCACACUGGAGAAAGGCCUUAUGAGUGCAAGCAAUGUGGGAAAACUUAUGUGACCCGCUCUGGCCUGUAUCAGCACUGGAAAGUUCACACUGGAGAACGGCCCUAUGAGUGCAGCCUGUGUGGGAAGACCUUCACCACCAGGUCCUACCGCAAUCGGCACCAGCAGUUCCACACUGAAGAGAGAUCCUAUGAAUGUACAGAAUGUGGGAAAGCCUUCAAACACAGUUCUACCCUCCUUCAGCACAAGAAAGUCCACACUGGAGAAAGCCCCACUGGUCACUGUAUCCAGGCCAACACAAUCCAGAGGAACAAAAAGCAGAGGCCACCUGCCAAGCAACCCACCAACCGCGAAGUGAGGAGGGCAAUGGCGACGCGGAAGUCCCGCCCCAUCCUCUGCCGCUCACGCAGAAACGCCCAGACUGAGCAAGCGGCGGCUCGAGGCCCGCAGCGCACACGACUCGAGGCCCCUGAGCCAGUCGCGGUGCCACUGGGUCGUCGCCUAGGUGGUCAGGACUCGCGCCCGCCGCGUCGCAAACUACACUACCCAGAAAGCCCCUCACCGAGGGAGCGCUCGGCGUAUCCCGGGAAGCGCCAGGGGAGGGGCGUUUCCGGGCGCGCCGGCUGGACUCUGGCCAAUGAUGCGCUAGGGGAGGGGCGUUUCCGGGACGGCCGCGGUCUUUCGGUCGCCACUUCCGGCAUCCGGCCAUUUCUUUGGCCGUUUGCCGUGUUGUCGGGAUUGGCCGGGGCCCGUGCUGCCGGCCUGUGGACUGUGUCCGGGAGGCUCCCCGGGCCCUGUGGGCGUGAUGAGCGAGCGGACCGACUAGUCACGGCAGGAGAAUCGUAUCGGGGGCCCCCCGACAGGACUCUGAGGCCCGGUGUCCUGAGUCCCCGACUGAGCUCCAGGCCUCGAUGCCCCGCCGCCGCCGCCGCCAUCGGACCCGGGCAGGCCCUGAGUGCUCAGCCGAUCCGCACACCUCCACUGGGCCAGGUGCCCGCCCGCCGCCCGUCGCAAUGGGGGCGUCAGUCAGAGGGGACGGAGGGCGAGUGCGGAGGGAGACAGCCCCCUUACAGGAGGUCGGCUGGCCGGGCCUGGGGCGCCCGCAAGUUGCCCCUGGCAACGCCCAAGCGGCCGCGCAAGGGCAGCAGAAGGUUCGUGCUGGUGAAAGGCCCUGAGUGUAGCAAAUGUGGAAAAGCCUUUGGCCACGUGUCUAACCUUAUGAAGUACCAGAAGGUUCACACUGGAGAAGGGCCCUAUGAGUGCAGCCAUUGUGGGAGAGCCUUUAGUGAAACCCGAGCCCUUGUUCAGCGCCAGAUUGUUUACAACAAAGAAGGGCCAUGUGAAUGUGGCAAAUGUGGGAAAGCCUUCAACCACCAAUUCCACAUAAUUCCACACCAGAUGUUGCAAACAAGAAAGNNNUCCUUCCGCUGCAGUGAGUGUGGCAAGGCCUUCAGCCACGGCUCCAACCUCAGCCAGCACCGCAAGAUCCAUGCAGGCGGGCGGCCCUACGCGUGUGCCCAGUGUGGCCGCCGUUUCUGCCGCAACUCACACCUCAUUCAGCAUGAGCGCACGCACACGGGGGAGAAGCCUUAUACUUGUGCCCUUUGUGGUGCUGCCUUCAGCCAGGGUUCCUCACUCUUCAAGCACCAGCGUGUACACACAGGCGAGAAGCCCUUCGCCUGCGCACAGUGUGGCCGCGCCUUCAGCCACAGCUCUAACCUCACGCAGCAUCAGCUGCUGCACACGGGCGAGCGGCCCUUCCGCUGCGGGGACUGCGGGAAGGCUUUUGCCAAGGGCGCGGUGUUGCUCAGCCACCGACGCAUCCACACGGGUGAGAAGCCCUUUGUGUGCGCACAUUGUGGCCGCGCCUUCCGCGAGCGCCCGGCCCUCUUCCACCACCAGAGGAUCCACACGGGAGAGAAACCUGUGCGCAGACCCCGGCGUGGGGCAGGCCUGACCCCCCCGGCCAGGCCUUCUUCGGUGGUGUCAUCAGAGGGCUCACUGGGGAGGGAAGCGGGGUCCACUUCUGCCUCAGGUCCAGCCGCAGUUUCGAAGCCUGCUGAAGCCUGA